CUCUCAAAUCCNCCACCCGCAUUGAUUCUAUCCCCGGCAAAGUCGAAUUCACCGGAUAUCGCGGACCCGGACGGGACAGAUGCUGAAUACAUGGGCACCUAUUCGCUUGGUCCGGUUAGUUUAGCUGUCAUCCCAUCCGUUGCAGAAGAUGCGGGAAUGACCGAUAGUCUGUUGGCUAAUCCCGAUUUGGAUGCCCGAGAAUCCGAAUUAGGUGAUGAGUUGGAUUUAGCCGGGUCGGUUGCGGCCACCGGAUCAUCUUCACCACCCCGGGUUACUGCAUUCGACUCUCCUCUCCCCGGUAAUCUCUGCGGUCGAAUUGAACCAAAACAAGCCCCGGAGUUUCUUGAAGCUGCUCUCUUACCGCCUUCUUUGUCCGUCCCUUCGUACACCACCGGAUGUGACAGCAGUACGAAAGAGCUAUAUUCCGUCCCCGCCACAGAUGACGGCCUCCAAUCGGACACGGAUGAUCUAUUUGCCUAUCACAUUCGCCCGGGCUUGGAUCUGAGUUCAUCGACUGCGACAAGCGCAAUGCAACAAAGAAACCCUCAGUUCGCUAUUCCGGAAAGAUCUCAACAAAAUUUUACCACCCCUUCUGUCGGUGCUUGUCUGUCUGUCUCUCCCGUUGGUCAAGUGCCCGGACGUUCGACCGUCAGUUCGCACGCGGUGCUUCGUCUCACACCCCAACCAACGCGUCCCACUUUGCCCGAAAUCGCCCCGGUCAGUCUUCCCGAUUUCGCUCAACCGCCUAACACGCACAUCCCCGCCGCGGUUCAACCAUCCCAGACAGACACAAACUCGCAAUCGGAUUACGAUAAUGUGUGCACAUCUACGAGACAGAGACCCAGUAAAUCCGCGAACCUGUCGACCAAACACGGCUGUGCUGCUGUGCGCAAACUGGCCGCUGUGGCCCGGCAUCGAGCCAAUCGGUGGCAGUCACUCACUCCAGGUGAUGAGAGUGACGCGAUGAGUGGAUACAUCGGUGAUGCUGCCUCAUCUGUCUACGACACUGGGGAGGAUGAUGAUGAUGAUGAUGGCGAGCGAGGCAGUACGAACGAUCGGUGCGACGUGACUCAAUUGUACAUCCCUCAUCCACCAAGUGAACCAAUAUACGGGAAGAUUGAAGUGGAUUCCAACAGGAAUUUCCCAAAUCGUUCAACAAGUGCAGCAGUAGCUGCAACAUCACCCCCAGUGGCACACAAUUCUAUCGGACAGAAUAUGACAUCCAAUGGCCACACUGAUGAAACAACCCGUACGGUUCCCGUCCCAACCAAAGCGACUUCAAACGGUUCAGGGACGCGUCGAGCCACAUUGGACACAGCAGUAUCUCUGCAGCCUACGGCGCAGACCAAUUUUAUAAAUGUUCACCGUACUCCGAGCAGUGCAGGAAGUCAAACCAGUGGGCCCGAAAUGCGGUCCGAAUAUGACAAUGUAGAGACCGGUGAAUCAAGUAAUGAGGCACAUAUGUUGAAACAGGCGAGUCCAAAAAGGAAAACCCGUGUUCGAUCGACUCAACAGCCUGGAUCGCAUCGAGUUGCGUCGAUGAAUGCAAAACGUUCAGAGAUUACCCAGCGCUUGUUUGAUGCACAAAUUGCCGCCGAGGCUCGUCGAAUUAGUCGACAAUUCCGAGCGAUGGGUUGGCUUCCGGCUGCUAGCGCCAUCUACUCUCCCGUGGCUCAACGCAGUCCUACUGAGCAGUCGUUGAUAUUCGGUCGCUUCAUUCAUUACUUCACAGUCAGUUACUCCAUACUGUUCAUCCACCGGAUGCGCUUGAAUGGAUCGGUCGCAUCACCGAAUCCAGGCCAGAAACCGUUGAGUUUAGCCAGACCACAUUUAUUUCUUCUACCCAUGGAUGUCACUGUGAGUAAUCCGUGCUCUCGUCAAACCUCAUUCCGUGAUCAGUCCAACCCGGGUGCGAUCGGGGUUGGAGUCGGCGGAGCGAGUAUGUUGAACAGUGAGACCAUGACAACCGUCACAUCGCAAUUCGAUGAGGAUGAUGAGGAGGAGCUGGAUGAAUUCGCUCCACGCUAUGGACAACAUUUGAAUGGUGCUGUGGCCCGAUUGAAUACGCAGCACAACGAGAAUGGGUUUCAUGAUAUGUCAUCUGACUCUGAUAUUUGCGGAGAAAACACAAAAGCUGGUCCAGAGAAAGAAUCGGUUCCAUUUUUAUUGGUACCUGAUGCAGUUCAAACAACAAUGCCUGAGCCCAUAUGCGAACAACUUGGUCUCCUCGAGCCGGCUGUUCGUCGAGAAAGUCGACGGCCUCGAAUCUCGACCUCACCUUCACCGGAGCAUCAAAAUAAUCAAGUGUCAGGUGAUCCCCCAGCUGCGAAGCGAUCUGGUGUCAGUCCCGGAUUAACACGACUGCAACGACGUGCCGCUCGGGUUCGUAGCCUCAUUCCACCGGAGCUACUUCCCUAUAUUAUGCCCAGUUGUAUGAGCUCUCCGAGUCGUUCUUCCUCCAUGAUCAGCUCGGCUUUUGGACAAUCGGGGGUAGUAUUUCUGUCUUUGGCACGCUCACGUCGAUCUCGUCGUAAAAUCGAUCGAAUGAAACGUGAUCGGUUUGUGGAAUCCAAUGCUAAUCGACGAUGUUGUACCAGCGAUCCAGAAUUGAAUUUGAUAUGCCGGUGA